GGAAGGAAGGAAGGAAGGCAGGGCCAAGAUGGCGGAGCGGAGCCGGGGGCCCGAGUGAAGGAUGAAGGAGGCAACGGCGGGCGGUGGCGGCGAGGGCGAGGAGGAGGAGGAGGAGGGCGAGGGGGGAAGAAGGAGGGCGAGGAGGAUGCCGGCCAGGCCGCCGCUGAGCCCGGAGGAUGCGGGCCGCAGGAGGAGGAGACUGGGCCGGGGCUGCAGGGCGGGCGGCGAGCGAGAAAUACCGCCACAUAAAACUCCGAAAAGGAUAUUAAGAAAGCAACAGUUCAAUCCUAAUCAUGAAUCUCCUGUCAAUGACAAUGAGUUGCAGCAAGAUAUUUAUUGGGAUCAACACUCUCCAACCACAUUUAAAUUGGGCAAUGGAAGGAAGACCUGUGCGACUUCUCAGCGUGCGGUGGAAAUAUCCGACGUUGUUAAUCGUAUUGGUCCUCAGUAUCAAAGAUUGUGCAUUAUAAGUUCAACAUUACCAAAGACGUACAGAUUUCAAAGGAGCACAGAUGAAGAACUGAUGAAGUUGGCAAAGGAAUUUGAUCGAACUAUGGUUGAACAGGUUGUCAGCUAUGGUGACGAAGUCAACGAGAUUUUGGAUAAUGAAGAUUCGGAGCAAACACUACGCAUUAAGCAGGCAAGCCGUGAUUUUCCAACGCUGGGAAACGUACCCGAGACCCCAAUCGCUGAGCCAGUUGAAGACGACGGAAGUGGUGCCCUUCCUAGAUCACAGCAGAGUAGCAGCCAAAGGUCGUUGGAUCUGGAGGCUGAAGCUGCUGUCAAUGCCAUGUUUGAUGGGCCCACUCAGCAUGCCAGUCGCCCCUUGAGUCAGGGCCUCUCAGGAGAUGAAAGCUUAAGCCCAAAAUUUGAUCACUGUCACGUGGCCAAAGCUGCCUGGACGUCUGUGAAAGGAAACGCUGGUCGCGGUGUAAACACUACUGCCUCACGGAUAGGAGAACCAACCUUCUCCUUUCCAACUGCCUCGAAAGACACCGACAUUCCCCAAGUAUCUUCGCCCAUCGUACUGGAUCCACCAGACAAAGGGCGUUUCUUUGGUAACGCAACCGUCUCCAAGUGCGACACCAAGCUGGUUUGUGGAGAUUCCACUGUAGAUUUUGUAUUGGAUCGAGGGGAGGAGACCAACGUCCCCUCGAAAGGCAGAGCAGCCGCAGCGCGCACGUCAGAAUCGGACCCAGCCGACGACGGCUUCGACGACUGGAUGGAAGAUGACUCUUUUAUACAGCAGAUCACACAAUUCCCAGAGCUGGGCGACUCUGCGGCCAAAAGCCAGUCCUUGCAUGGUGCUGGCCACAAAGUUACUCAGGACACUGAUCAUGCUAACAAUCCACAGGGCAGUCCUAGAACGGGACCACCUGUAUCACUUGUGCAGUCUUCCACCAGCUCACCCAGUGACAUAGAGUUAGCAGCAAAGAUCUGUCACCCCUUGAUUGGGCAGGGGUCUGAAAGAGCAAAGCCAAGGAUUACAUUUACAUUGCAAAGCAAUACAUGCAGGAAGGUGACUGAGGAGCAAUCUGUUGCAAAGUGUCAGCUGGGUAAAGACUGUCAGAGUCUGGUUAAUACACUACUUAAAAGAGACUGUGGUCAUUCUGAUGCUUCAACACCUCAACGGGGUUCCCUUCAUGCGCCAGUCAGGGCAUUGUCUUCCUUAGCUAGUGCAACGCCUUUUAAACGGGCGACUUGGUGCGAUGGCAGUGUAGAGAGGAGUUCUCUCGCUUCACAGAGGCCGACUCGCUGGGACGGUGCAGAAUGGAGCUUGGCCGGUGGGCUGAGGGCGGCUGACAAAAGCCCACCGCGGGCCGCUGCAGACGUGGAGAUGCAGAGUACCCUCUCCCCGUUUCCCCCCGACGAUUGGAACGACGCUGAGUUCUACAGUGAAAUCCAGGACAUGUUCCCCGAGUCGGAAAGCCCAUGGGAGACCAGCGAUGACGAUUUAAACCGCAUGUGUGACGAUGUGGAAAAGCUGAUCGAAGACCAAAAUUCUGAUCCCACCUUGAACAGGGAACAGGGACAGUUUGUAGCAAAACAUAAUGCCUUGCCCGUGUUGGGUCCUCAGCCUGGGUCAACAGAUUUGAUCUGCACGGUAUGUACCACAGCCACACCACCUACACAGAGCCACCAUUUGAAUUCUGCAGGCAAUAUCCAAGGUCAAGUUUUGACAAAUACGUCCAAAGUGUGCGGUGUGAAUUUUAACGGAUUACCUUCUGUGACUGGUUGGAAAAAUUCCACCCCUGCUUCUAAAGUGCCGCGGACUCUGGCUGCGGCAAACUUUGGCGGAGGGCAGAGCGUGCAGACGCCUGGCGGGAACGCUGGCCAGCCGGCUCCCAGAGCGUCCGGCUCCGCUGGCAUUUCCAGGACACCCAGGUUCACCUUCAGCAAGAUCACAACUUCUUCUCUGGCUGGUAUUCCAGGCAACAGCAGCAGCCGCUCAGCGCAGUGCGACAAGGUGUUUGGCAACAGAGACCUGCACGAAAGAUGUGCUCAGUCGGCCCCCAGCACUAAAACCACCUGGAGCCCAACACCAUCACUAAAGAGGCAUUUUUCAGACUCGACUUUAGUGCUCAAAGGUGUUGGCGAACUGGCGGGGAGGAGAUCGGCAAAGUGUUCUCUGCAAGAGAUCGAGAAAAAGAAGCAAGCGGCUGUAGCCCGGAGAAAGAUGAAAAUCCAAGCCAGCUGUAACUACCCGCCAACUGUGUGAUCUCCAAAUGAUGACUCUAUUAUAGGAAAGUAACAAAGAAACCGCAGGAAAGUGGUGGUAAGGCCAGAGAAAUGGGCGUUGCUUCUGUCGUACUAAACAGAAGCACUCAGAAUCUCUCUUACUCAGUUGGACUUUGUUUCAUCAUCCCACUGAUAAUAUCAUGAUGAAGUCUCGGCUUUUCCCCACAGCUCUCUGUUCUGCUAGUGCUUCCCCUGUAUCCUCUCCAGGCCCAGUAGGAUUCCAGGUACAGGAUGCAGGAGUUACUCAUGAAAACCAGAGACAACUCUUGGAUUAUAUUUCUCCUUUAAAUCAAGGAUUAAAGAUUCCCCUCUUGCUACCCACCUGAGAAAAGUCCCACUUGGCCAAGACUGGCAUUAAUGAAACGGGUCUGUAUGGAUUUGCCUUGGCCAGGAGUUUGAUUGUGGGACCUUUCCAGAAACAGUUCCCUUGAGGAGAGAGUCUGAAGAAGGGUCUCGACCCGAAGCGUCACCCAUUCCUUCUCUCCAGAGAUGCUGCCUGUCCCGCUGAGUUUACGCCAGCAUUUUGUGUCUUAUCUCCAGUUCCCUUGAAUUCCCAAUCAAAAUUUGAACUGGAGACAACAGCAACUUCUCUCUCAGCCUUCUCUGAUUGAAUGGCACAAUUAUGAGCUGCACUAAGUAUUAUUUAAAUAGUUCAUCUUAGUUUAAUUUAUGUAUUUUGUUUUUCGAAUGAAGUGCUUCCAAGAGGUGCAUCCUUGUUGUGAAAGGUAUCCCAUCCUAAGGAGACUCUGCAAGUAUGUGUGUGGUUUUCUUUUCUUAUUGCUGUUUAAUGUUGCUACGAUCUUUUCAGUUGACAUUUUGGAAUUGCCUGAGUCGCGAUUCCGAUGACAAGGAACUCAGCUAAAAUUUCCAAUGACACCAUUUGAGCUAUCUAUUUUUAACACUUUAAUUACUUUCCCAGAACAGUGAGAAGAAUCGUGGAAAUCAUAAAACUCCAUGGCACAAAAUGACAAAAGUUACAUUAGGUUAAUUUGUGGAGCUAAGUAAAAACGUAAACAGGUCUCCCCUCUUUUUAGUUCAUUUGCAUUUGAUAUAAUGAAAGGUCAGCUUCUAUACACAGUCUGGCACAAAUACAACCUUGUGUUCAGCUUGUUUGUCUUGAGAAUAAAGCUGGAAUUACAUUUUUUAA